AUGGCCCAUCCAAAGCUGCAUCUCGAGUAUUCCGUACUUGACGUCUUCACCAACUGUUCUUGGUCGAAAGGAAACCCUCUAGCAAUAGUCCGCCUUACCAAGGAGGCUGCAGCGCAAAUCACUCAAGAACAGAAGCAGCUUAUAGCCAGGGAAUUCAAUUUCCAUGAGACGACAUUCCUGCAUGACUAUGUUGAAGGCGGCGCGGGCAGGCAGGAACUCAGAAAGAGAGUCGACAUCUUCACCAAGCUCAUGGAAGUUCCAUUCGCAGGGCAUCCCACGAUUGGCACCGCAGCUUACUGUUUCAAUCAUGUAUUUCUUGAUAUGUCGGAAGACGGAACUUUGAUAACAAAAGCUGGUGAAAUAUCGGUACGACGAGACCCCGAUGGUCUGGUCGGUGCAGACAUCCCAUGCCACAACUACCGUGUGCAUAGUAAAAGGUCGGGGAGGGUGGAAAAGCAGGCAAUUAUUCAGCAACACCCAGAGCUACAAUGCCACUCGACAACACUUCUCCCUAACUUUCCGGUCAUAAGUAUCGCUAAAGGGCUAUUGCUUACUUGGGCGUACACUUUUAGUUUCAUCCCCAUCAAAAUAGACUCGCUCGAGACUCUAGCUGAAAUCAAUCCCGCGAAGCCUCCAGAUGUUACCCAGGUUUUAGAUGAGGACUUUACAGGGCCGAUCGGUGGUGGCGUUAUGUUCUAUUGCGAGCUGUCAUCAACUGGCGAUCUCAAUCGGUUCCAAGUGCGGAGAAUGACUUCCGGGGGGGAAGAAGACCCGGCUACAGGAAGUGCUGCUUGUGCUUUUAGCGUCUGGCAAAGUCAAGCGAAAUGCAGAGAGAAUCCUGAGGCUGCCUUGUGGAAGAAGACAAUGAGGUAUGAGAUUCAGCAAGGAGUCGAAAUGGGAAGAAAAAGUGACAUCAUUGUUGAUGUUACGUUGAACAAUGAUCUUCAUCCUCAAAAGGUUGUUCUGUUAGGAUAUGCCGCUGAGACCAUGAGUGGUGAAUUGGUUAUUUGA